AUCAGCGAGGAGCACAGGAAGUCCUGCCUGCAGCUCUCACGAGAACUGAGGACCCGUUUUCUCUUCUUUUUUUUUUGUUUUUUUGUUUUGUUUUUUAUGGGACGGAGUCUGGCUCUUGCUGCCUAGGCUGCAGUGCAGUGGUGUGAUCUGGGCUCACUGCAACCUCCGCCUCCUGGGUUCAAGCAAUUCUCGUGCCUCAGCUUCCUGAGAGGACCCGUUUUCUAAGAGGUCCUAGUGGUGCCGCUGCCUGCAGGUUCUUUGAGGGCGCCACAUCAGGGGUCCCUCAGGUUCGGGGAUCGCCUCUAGCUUCCCAGGACAACCAGCCACGGAUCCUGUGGGCAGGAGGGCUGCCAAGGCCCAGUUGGAGGCUCAAUUUAUGGCGGCCCAGGGGAAGAAGCAUGCAGGAAAGGAUCCAGUCCGUGAUGAAUGUGAGGAAAGAAACCGUUUUACAGAAACAAGGGAGGAAGAUGUAACUGAUGAGCAUGGGGAAAGAGAACCUUUUGCUGAAACAGAUGAACACACGGGGGCUAAUACCAAGAAGCCAGAAGAUACUGCAGAGGAUCUUACUGCAAAAAGAAAAAGGAUGAAAAUGGAUAAAGCUUGCAGCAAAAUAAAGAACAAAAGUAAACAUGCUUUGAGAAAAAAACAACUUAAAAGGCAGAAACGUGAUUAUAUACAUUCUCUGAAGUUGCUAAAUGUCCUUGAAGAAUACAUCAGAGACGAGCAGAAAGAGGAAGAAGAAGAAGAGGGACAAGAGGAAGAACUAAUUAGAAUAUUUCAAGAACAACAGAAGAGGUGGCAACAAUAUAGAAGUGUUAGGAGAGAGAGGCUGAAAGAGAUGAAGCUGCUACGUGACCAAUUCGUAAAGGCUCUUGAGGACUUUGAAGACCUUUGUGACAGAGUUUUUUCCGAUGAAGACAGUGAACUUGAUAACUAGACAUGUUUUUAAAUAAAAUCAUGUCAGAACUCUUUUGGAAAAGUUGGCACUUACCCAGUUGUCUCUUCAACCUCUGUUAUUCUGAUGACUGAAGAAAGAACUUGAACCUAUGUUAUAUGAUACAAGCACAACUUGAGCUACAGUAAACUACAUGACAGUGUUUUGAUAAUUCUUGUAUAAAUUCAUAUAGCUCCUCUGUCAUUUGUCUGUUAAAUGCCAGACCUCGUUUCUAUGAUCUGUUGAAUGAAUCCUAGACACUUCUGUGAGAAAGCAGGGAUUGCAUAGUUAUGUACACGGUCAACUAAAUUUUAACAUUAAAGAUAAUUUAGAUUUCAGUUCA